AUGGCGAAGAAAAUGCAAGAAAAAUUUGCCAAGUAUUGGAAAAAAUUGAGUCCAAUAUUGGCAAUGGCAGUCGUUUUAGACCCUCGAUUGAAGUUUGAAUUUGUAGAGUUUACUUUAGAAAAGGUGUAUCCUGUUGAGCGUGAAAUGAAGAAGGAAGUUGAUAUUAUUAGAAAAAGGAUGGCGGUACUCUAUAAAGAGUAUCAUACGGCGUCAACUUUAAGAGGUUCGACAACAACCAAUGAAACUCAGAAUUCGGGUACUGUAAAUGGUGGGAAUUCUGGACGCAAUGGAAGUGCUUUUAUGCAGGAAUUUGCCGCGGAAAAAAAAAGUGGUGGUCAACAAUCUGACAAGUCAGAACUAGAACAAUAUCUAAGUGAGUCAUCAGGAUCAAUGUCAACUGAUUUUGACAUCUUGAAGUAUUGGAGAAGCCAAGAACUACGAAACCCUAAUCUUACAAGAAUGCCUUGGGGAAGGGUACUUGACAGAUAUCGCAGCUCCUUAUCACCUGAAAGUGUCGAGGCAUUGAUAACAACUCGUGAUUGGAUAUAUGGAAUCGGAGCUGCAUCAACUGAUGUUGAGGAAGUGAAAGAUAAUGAUAUUAGUGAGGAUGUAUUGGCAUUUGAGCCAACAAACAACAAUGAUGCAAUUCAUACUGGAGCAUCUUGA